AUGCAUCGGGCGGCGCAGUCCCCUCCGUUGCACCACCCGGUGCCGCAGCACUUUUCCACGGUUCCCCAGCUCCGAUCACCGCCUCCGCCUCCGGGGUCCGCGCAGUCGCAGCAGCUCGGCUAUGGCGGGAAUCCGUACCAGCAGCAGCAGGGCGGCAACGUGGGCAAUGCCUUUGGCGCAUACGGCCAGUUCAUGAACGAUCCCACGGCCCAGGUGGCGGCGCAGUUUGGCCAGACGGCCUUCAAGCACGGCCAGGAAUAUGUGGAACAGAACAUCGGCCGCUACGUCAAUGUUUCCGCGCUCAAGUACUACUUCAAUGUCUCCAACUUCUACGUCAUCAACAAGCUCUUCCUGGUUCUGUUCCCCUGGAGGCACAAGCCUUGGUCCCGUAAACAAGCCGUGGGAGCAAACGGCCAGGAGCUGCGCUAUCUGCCGCCGCGAGACGACAUCAACAGCCCCGAUAUGUACAUACCAGUCAUGGCAUUGGUCACGUAUAUUCUUCUAUCUACUUUGAUUGCCGGUGUGAGGGGCAAGUUCAACCCUGAGCUUCUCGGAUACACAGCAACAAUCGCGCUCGGCGUUGUCAUUUUCGAAAUCAUCGCGUUGAAGGUGGGAUGCUACCUCCUGAGCAUCUCCAGUCAGUCCCAACUGCUUGAUCUGAUUGCCUACUCUGGCUACAAGUUCGUUGGCAUCAUUGUUACCAUUGCCAUUGCCGAGAUUGUCAACGGCGGCAAGGGUACCGGAGGCUGGGUCGGGUGGUUGGUCUUUAUCUACACUUUCUUGGCCAACUCCCUUUUCUUGAUGCGAUCUCUGAAAUACGUCCUUUUACCUGAAACAGCCACAAACUCCGGGGGACCUAUGCAAACCGACACCAGGGUGAAGCGAAACCAGAGGACACAGUUCCUUUUCUUCUAUUCCUACCUUGUCCAGCUAUUCUUUAUGUGGCUUCUCACUAGGCCUUGA